GCGCUCCAACAUGGCAGAUCACAACAAAGAAAUCGAUAGCAAGUUUUACAUCUUUUUGCCUCAUUUAGCCACAUCGAAUCCCGUAUCCGACAUAGACAAAGGACCGCGCUUUUCAUGCUUCGUGGGAGAGCUACUAAACUUCUUUCUGAUCGCUCAAUUUCGUGGGAAAAAACGAUCGCCAAGCGAGAGCAUUAAACUGCACGAGUGGCAAGAACGACUCCUUGGGCUCAGUACAUCUGUUAGCGUGAACUGUGUGGAACUAGCCAUCCAUAAAGGACACGAUGCCCUUGCUACUAGCAGCUUUAUUUCUUGCUCACCCACAAGCACCUCGAGAAUUAAAAGUGGUCCAAGUCAGGAGUUAACCGAGGAUCUCAAACCUCUAGUCACAAGCCAGGGGGAUAUCAUCUACCCACUUAAUGUAUCUCUUGACGUCCUACCAGCAUUAAGUAGACGAAUAAAGCUGUCUGUUAAUGUAUGGACUCCUGAGCUUAAUGCCGAGGCCAAAGUCAAUACUCAGUCAYUGUGGAAUGACUACUAUGAUAUAUUUGUUUAUAAUGAUCCYGAUGAGAUAUUAAAUGAGGUUCAGAACACAUUUCGAUGUCAUGUGAAUGCUACUCUACCAGUAAUAUCACCACCAACUGUGCRCUGUAAAUAUAACUACAUCAGUAACAAACAAUAUGUGGCUUUAGAAGUAAUAAACAGUCUAGGAGAACCAGUAUUACUCCAUCAAGCCAGCGUUCAUCCAAGCUGCAGCACUCUCUACAACACUUCAAACAAAUUACAUAAUCAAAGACUACUGGCACUAGCAGGUCACCUAACCCUACCCCCUAAAAUGUGCAGUUGUGUCAAACAAACACCAGAAAUAAAAAGAGCACCUCAAUAUUAUUUUUGUUUUGAAAUUUCUUUGAUGUCAGCCGUGUCAUGGAGUGUAGAGACUUUAAGAUUAAGGGAACAAAAAAUAAAAACAAUUUAUAGUUUACCAUUAUUUAACAUCAGUAGACCUUCUGUGAGUGUCAGGGCAACUUGUAAAUCAAUUGUUCAAAAAGGGAAAAGAUUCCAAGUGAAAUAUACAGUAACAAACACUGAAGAUGAGGAGUGCAAUGUUUGUUUAAGAUGGCAACCACAAUACAAUGAUAUGAUGCCUGGAAUGCACAACUUAGAAGCAGAGUCUCUAGUCUGUCUACAGCCAAAUGUCAGAAUAGGGUGCUGUCCACCAGGAUCUUGUCUUUCAGUAAAUGUAGAGUUUCUAGCCAUGCAAGAGGGACUACAUGAGGUUGGACAGUUCAUGACCUGUAAGUGGAACACUGGUUCACUCACCAGCAGUCCAUCACGAAGUCUUUCUCCAGUUGAUGAAGAAUUUGAAGGUUUUACUACUGCUUCUCACUCCUGUCAAGUGUUUGUUGUGGUGGAUUUUUAAAAUAGGUCUUGAAUUUUUAGUUUUUAAAGGAAGAUAUUAUAUUUAUAGAUAUAUCUAAAAUGCUAAAGUUUAGAUAUUCGAGGAAGAAGGAUUUGUAUUUAUGUUAGUUUAAAUUAUAACCUUAAYGUUUAAGUUCCUUCAUUCUAGAGCAGUUUUUAUAUAAUAUUAGUGUAAAAUAGGUAGCAUAUGGCAUUGAAGGCUGCCAAUCAGGGAACCAAUUAGAUUGAUUCAUUUUUACCUGGGCUGACUUGCAGUAUCAUCAAAGACCUUUUCUGAGAUAACAAACAAGGGGCACUGUGGUUAAACUUGAGUACAAGUAUCUUUUGYCCAUCAUGGUGUUGUUUGUACCCAAGCUAGACCACAAUGCACCCUGUUUAUCGAACUCAGAAAAGGCCUUUGCCAUCUGCUUACCAUAACUUUGUUGAAAUUGACAUUGUUUAUGUAAAUUAGCCUCGUUUUGGUUUUGGGAGCCUCGAGUUCAUGUUUUACUCCUCGUGGUUGAAAAUGGAGUUGUUAUUCGGUGUACGAGUAUUUAAUGCUGAAUAAAAGUGUUAAAUAACAAAAUGUUUCAAUAAACUUUACUUGUACUAAGCAUUUUUUUCUAAUCAAGCUGAGUGUUUUAAGACUAGAUGUUAAAUAAUAUAAUCAAUUAUUAWAUGAAUUGUAUUAUAAUUUUAUCCAGUAAAGGAAAAUGACUGUAUUGUGAA